AUGACCGUGUACUUCGACUGGCUCGACUACCUCGUCUUCGGGGCCAUGCUGCUCAUGUCGGCCCUCAUCGGCGUCUACUUCGCGUUCUUCGCUAAGAAGAAGCAGAACACCACUUCCGAGUACCUCAUGGGCGGAAAGACGAUGGGCAUGUUCCCUAUAUCGAUGUCUCUCAUAGCCAGUUACAUAUCGGGUAUUUCGUUGCUGGGUCUGCCUGCUGAAAUGUACACGUACGGGACACAGCUGUGGACUAUAGUGCUGUCAGAAUGGGCUGUCUCCGUCACCAUAGCGAUCGUUUACCUGCCCGUGUUUUAUAACCUACAAAUUACUUCUACAUAUGAGUACUUACGACUGAGGUUCAAUCAGAACGUGCGACUACUUGGCUCCAUCAUCUUCAUCAUAAAAAUGAUGCUGUAUAUUCCCAUUGUGAUAUACGUCCCGGCUCUAGCUUUUAGUCAAGUGACUGGCGUCAAUUUGCACCUGAUCACGCCCAUCGUGUGUGUCGUGUGUAUAUUCUACACGACGCUAGGUGGUUUGAAGGCUGUUGUAUGGACAGAUACGUUACAAACUGUUAUAAUGUACUUUGGGGUGCUCUUCGUUCUGGUGUACGGCACUUGGCGACUUGGGGGCGUGAUGGAUGUCAUCAAGAUCAACAGAGAAGGAGAUCGUCUCGAAUUCUUCAACAUGGACCUGGAUCCGACCAUCCGACACACAUUCUGGACGACGGUGUUCGGGAACUACUUCAGCUGGUUAGCGUCCUGCUCUGUGAACCAAGCAAUGGUGCAGCGAUGUCUCGCAUUAUCCUCUCUCAAAAGAGCCAGGAUAACGAUAUUCAUCAUGGCGGCGGGUAUUUUCAUCAUAGUGUCCCUCUGUUGCUACACGGGGCUGGUGAUAUACGCCACGUUCGCAAGCUGUGAUCCCCUCACCACGGGUGCGAUCCGGAAGAGUGAUCAGUUGCUACCGUACUUCGUGAUGACCAUAACUGGAGCGAUUCCAGCGCUGCCGGGAAUAUUCAUGAGUGGAGUUUUCAGCGCGGCAUUGAGUUCGAUGUCGACUGGACUGAAUUCAAUGUGCGGCGUCAUUUUCGAGGACCUGAUCAGACCUGCGUACAGAAAGCCAAUUUCAGAGAGGACCGCAAGUUUCAUUAUGAAAAUUAUUGUUGUUGUCGUAGGUGCGCUUUGCGUUGCUAUGGUGUUCUUAGUGGAACACAUGGGUGCUCUAAUCCAGGCAGGGAAAAGUCUCGCCGGCAUAACAGCCGGCAGUUUGUUGGGGAUGUUCUCUAUGGGACUCUUUCUGCCGUGGGUAAACUCUACGGGCGCAAUGGUGGGAGGCGUGGCGUCCACGUUUCUGGUCGGCUGGAUCUCUCUCGGCACGCAAGCCGCCAUGAUAAGAGGUGAAAUCAUCGUAGUCCCGAAACCGGUGUCGGUGUCUGGAUGCACGGGGAACUUCUCCCUGGCGUCACCGUCAUCCGCCAUGGCGCAUGCGGGCGUUGAGUUUGACAGAUCGGGAACAUUCUUCCUGUAUCGGCUGAGCUAUCUGUACUAUACGUUAGUGGGGAUGACCGUGUGUAUCAUCACGGGAGUGGUGGUAUCCCACUUCACGCAGCCGAACGACCCAGCAAUGGUACAUCGGGAUCUGCUAACGCCAAUGAUCCACCGCUGGCUGCCGACGCAACACCCGCACUGCCGCCACCCGCGCAACUCGCACCCCGCUCCGGACCUGCACCUCAUCACCCCGCACUCUGUCAGUACAAUCAAGUACAUCACUACAAUAGAAGAUUAA